AUGGUAAAAGGAAACCAUUCCACAGUGACUGAAUUUGAUCUCACUGGGCUAACAGACAAACCAGAGCUCCAGCUGCCUCUUUUCCUCCUCUUCCUGGGAAUCUAUGUGGUCACAGUGGUGGGCAGCCUGAGCAUGAUCACUCUAAUUGGGCUCAGUUCUCACCUGCACACCCCCAUGUACCAUUUCCUCAGCAGUCUGUCCUUUAUUGAUCUCUGCCAGUCCUCCAACAUUACCCCAAAAAUGCUAGUGAAUUUUGUGUCAGAGAGGAAUGUUAUCUCCUACCCAGCAUGCAUGACUCAGCUCUACUUCUUCCUUGUUCUUGUCAUAUCUGAAUGUCACAUGUUGGCUGCAAUGGCUUAUGACCACUACGUUGCCAUAUGUAAUCCACUGCUUUACCAUGUCGCCAUGUCUUAUCAGGUCUGCUCCUGGAUGGUAGUUGGGGUGUAUUUUAUGGGCUUUAUUGGUGCUACAGCUCACACAGUCUGCACGCUAAGAGUGCUUUUCUGUAAGGCUGUUGUAAUCAAGCAUUACUUCUGUGAUCUUUUCCCACUACUGGAGCUUUACUGCUCUAGUACUUCUAUCAAUGAAAUAGGUUUGUGCUUCAGUGCAUUUAAUAUCCUUUUCCCCAGCCUCACCAUCCUUAGCUCUUGCAUCUUCAUCAUUGCCAGCAUCCUCCGCAUUUGCUCCACUGAGGGCAGGUCCAAAGCCUUCAGCACUUGCAGCUCCCACAUCUCGGCUGUUUCUGUUUUCUUUGGGUCUGCAGCAUUCAUUUACCUGUAGCCUUCAUCUCUCAGCUCCAUGGACCAGGGGAAAGUGUCUUCUGUGUUUUAUGCUAUUGUUGUGCCCAUGCUGAACCCCCUGAUCUACAGCCUGAGGAAUAAAGAUGUCAAAGUUGCCUUAAAUAAGUUUCUUGAAAAAAGAAGUUUCCUGUGA